AGUAGGAUGGGAUAGGUUAGGAUGGGUAGGAACCUAACGUAAAAAAGUUGUAGGAUAGCAUCCUGAAUUUAAAUGAACGACUAAUCUAAUCCAUUUAUGCAAUUCGUCGAGCUAUUAUUAAAUUCAGAAGCGACGAAGCCAGGUGCUUCGUCUAGUUCAAUGUCGUGUCAGUUACAAUUAACCUCUGUAUUAGAUUUCCAUCAUUGUUAGCGGUGACUUCCAAUAGACGUAGCGUGUUAUUAUUGAUAGAUGCGUAAGUAAAUUAAUAUCAUUUUUUCUAAUAUAAUAAAAAAUAAACAUCUGAUGAUUUUUUGACACUAUGGAGCUAUCCAAUUUGAAAAGGCUUAUCUGAACAAUGCAGUAACACGACAAAAUGGAUAAGCCGGCAAUGCACAUGCUCUCCGUCCAGGAGAAGGGCGGACAGACGAAACGGACGAACCAAUAUAUCGCAGCUAUAGCUGCUGCCAUCGGUGCCGUGGCCGCCGGUACCAUCCUCGCCUGGACAUCACCCGCGCUACCGCAGCUGCAACCGCCGCAGAACACGACCGAUUUGGCGCCAAAGGAGAUUGACGUGUUCGCUGUCAAUGUCACUGCCAAUAACAAUGUGACGCAAGCGCUGCUCAACUCCUUGGGACAGCCCGCCGAUUUCCUGUUGGACACUAAAGAGAGUUCUCUCGUAUCAUCAGUGCUGGCCAUAGGAGCAGCGAUCAGCGCGUUACCCGUGGGCUUCAUAGCUCAGAAGUUUGGAAGACGCCCCACUAUUCUUAUGUUGGCUGUACCCUUGUUAAUCAAUUGGUUGUUGACUAUCUUCGCGAAUGGUGCCGGUAUGCUGAUAUCUGCGAGGUUCUUCGCUGGACUUGCUACGGGUGGAAUUUGCGUCGCAGCACCAAUGUACAUCGGUGAAAUAGCAGAAACUGCGAUACGAGGAUCUUUAGGAGCAUUCUUCCAACUUUUCCUCACUGUUGGGAUCCUGUUUACCUUCGUGAUCGGUGGCUGGACACAUUGGCGGACCCUGUCUAUUAUAUCUGCUGUUCUACCUGUGCUUCUGGUUGCUGUGUUUUGGUGGAUGCCAGAAACCCCUCAAUAUCUACUUGGCAAGAACAGACGUCGUGAUGCUGAAAAGGCUCUGCGAUGGCUGCGCGGUCCUGAUGCUGAUCUCACCACUGAACUUGAAGAUAUGCAGAAGGAGGUGGACAACGCAUCUCGCCAACGUGGCGGCAUGUUACACAUGAUCACCAACCGGGCCCCCUUAAUGGCGCUCAUCUGUUCCCUUGGCCUCAUGUUCUUCCAACAAUUUAGCGGUAUCAACGCCGUCAUCUUCUACACCAACCAGAUCUUCCAAUCCGCUGGCUCCAACAUCCCACCAGCCAUCGCCACUAUCAUAGUUGGCGUUGUCCAAACCAUCGCCACGUAUAUCUCCUCAUUAUUGGUCGAACGUGCUGGCCGACGAAUCUUGCUCAUCCAGAGUUGUAUUAUUAUGGGAAUUUGUCUUAUUGUUCUGGGAGCGUAUUUCAAAAUGCAGGAAGACGGUACAGAUGUUAGUUCAGCAGGUUGGCUGCCGUUGGUCUGCUUGGUUCUGUUCAUCGUUUCCUUCUCUCUUGGAUUUGGGCCAAUACCUUGGAUGAUGAUGGCUGAACUUUUCCCGGUUGAGUUUAGAGGUACGGCGUCUGGUGUGGCCGUUAUUACAAAUUGGAUGCUAGUCUUUGUUGUUACUCUAUGUUUUCCGCUAAUGAAAGAUGCGAUUGGAAUAUAUAGUUGCUUCUGGUUCUUCUCCGGAUUUAUGGUGAUUUGCGUGUUUUUCGUCUUUUUCCUUAUCCCGGAGACGAAGGGAAAAACGGUAUCGCAAAUCCAGACCAUUUUGGGGGGUAAAGCGUAAUGUUACAAAGUUUUUGACGUAUGUUUGAAUUUUUGAUUGUUUUGUGAGUGAUUUGUUAUUUAUAUGAAUGGAGCAUCAUGUUCAAUUGACUGAAAGUUCUGAAAGGGCUUAAAGCUGCGUUUCCAUCUGCAAGAAAACUUCCGCAAUAAAUGUCACCAGGACCAUGGAACCAUGUAGCAAGUGCUGGUUUAUACUUGCAAGCUGCUGUCGGACAGACUGUCGGACAUUUCUUGCGGAAGUUUUCUUGCAGAUGGAAACGCGGCCUUAGAGCUUAUUCUGAGCAGGCUCACGUGUACAUUGGUGAUUAUUCUUAGUACUUAUAGGACUAGACGUGCCAAAUAUUUAUUAGUUUUAAAUUUUAAAUGAUUUUUAUGUAAUGUGAACAAAUAAAUGAAAUAAUGAUAAUUAGUGAUAGACUCCGUAAUGUUUAUAGUCUCGCGAAUAUUUGUAUGCGAAACUGUUGAUAUGUGUACCUAAUUGUUAUUUUUUGAUGUUAUUUUAUUGUAAAUAGAUUAAUUAUAUUAUUUUUAUCAUA